AUGGGUCUUGUUUAUGCACAGGGACACUUUCUAGCACUGGUGAUGACCGCUUCCAUGUUAUCAGCUGGGAGCAUGGCCAACCAGAACAGUAGCAACAGCGGCAAGUGGGCGUCCUGGAACUUCCCCCCCAAUGCCACCAGAGGCUCCAAACGGAUCGUCGUGGGCGGGUCGAAUCAGUGGCGCUUUGGCUUUAACUACGCGGUCUGGGCUAUGCAAAAUGGCCCCUUUCACCAAAAUGAUACUCUUGUUUUCAAGUAUGAUCCUCCAAACAACUCUACGAAUACACCUCCUCACAGCGUUUAUAUGCUGCCGAACUUUCGGAGCUACGUGACGUGUGACCUCAAAAAAGCCAAGUUGGUGGCGACUCCAACCCAGGGAAGCGGGAAGGGAUUCGAGUUUGUGCUGCAAAAGCCAUGGCAGUUCUACUACUUUGCAUGCGGUGAGAGAAAUGGCAUCCACUGCAACCUUGGCACCAUGAAGUUCUUUGUGAUGCCAUUUCCGCACUAUUGA